CAGGACACGCGAACAAGGAACGUGUGUGUGGCACGCAGAACAUUCAUAGUGAGACUUCCGAUUUCUCCAUUUUCUCCGACCACCGUCUACUCGGAGCAAUCACCGGAGACAAAAAAUGUUCGGUCGACUCGCUGCCCAACGCCUGAACGAGAUCCGAACGGCCAUCCGCCGAACUACUCAGGCAUCGCGAUCUUUUUCCACUGCACUCAACUAUCACAUUGAUACACCGGACAACAAGCCGGACCUUCCUUGGGAGUUUAAUAAUGCAAACAAGGAAAAGGUGAAGGAGAUACUGUCUUUCUAUCCAUCCAACUAUAAACAAUCUGCAGUGAUUCCUUUGUUGGAUCUUGCACAGCAGCAAAAUGGAGGGUGGCUACCUGUUUCGGCGAUGAAUGCAGUGGCUAAGGUUGUUGAAGUCGCCCCAAUUCGUGUAUAUGAAGUUGUAACUUUCUACACGAUGUUCAACAGGACAAAAGUUGGCAAAUACCACCUUCUGGUUUGUGGCACAACACCUUGUAUGAUCCGUGGUUCAAGAGGUAUCGAAGAAGCUAUACUGAAGCACCUGGGAGUAAAGCGCAAUGAAGUAACCAAGGAUGGCUUAUUUUCUGUUGGUGAGAUGGAAUGCAUGGGGUGCUGUGUAAAUGCUCCAAUGAUGACGGUGGCUGACUAUUCCAAUGGAUCUGAAGGAUAUGCUUACAAUUAUUAUGAGGAUCUCACUCCAAAGAAAGCUGUAGAGAUUGUUGAAGCAUUCAGGAAAGGUGAAAAACCACCGCGUGGCACACAGAACCCAGGUCGUGUCAAUUGUGGACCAGAAGGAGGAAAUACUACAUUAUUAGGUGAGCCUAAGGCUCCUCCUUGUCGGGAUCUAGAUGCUGCUGAAUAAGUUUCUUGUUGUUCAGUUUUUUAAUAAUGCAAAACAAUGGAUGGAGAGACACAUCCGAUGUCAUAUGCAGUAACUUACCUACUGCAUUGAUGUUUAAAGAUUGUUUUCUGUCUGUCAGUAUGAUUACAGGUAAAACUGAUUCUUGUUUAUUUUUAUCGGUUAACUCGAACUGGAUCCAGUGAAAGUCCUUUGUUUUGGGUCAGGA